GUUCUGCCUUUAAAGUGCAAAGUUCAUUGAACAUAUUUAUAUUCUUCCUUAAAGAUGAAAAUAGGACAUGGUGUAUAAGUAUAAUUAUCAGACUUUCGUAUCUGUACUUCGAGAAAUAUGGCAAGUAAAUUUCCAGUUUGCAGUAUCUGCGAUUCCAGAAAUAUUUCUGUACCAUCUACUACAUGGUGUAUUGAUUGUAAAGAAGGGCUCUGUGGAGAAUGUAAGGUUCAUCAUUUACUAAACAAGGCAUCGAGAAGUCAUGGCAUUAUACAUAUAUUACCUGUAAGUGUCCUUCAAAUUGAAGAAUCCUGUAAAUUACAAAGUGAAAAUCAUCAAGCAUACUGUCAUGAAAACGAAUGUUCUUGUUGUACAAAAAGUCUUAUUGAGGAACAUAAGAAAUGCAAAAAUGUCACAAAUAUACACGAUGAUAAAAAGCUUUCAAAUGUGAAUUUCUCUCAACAAAUGGACGAUUUUGUAGACAUUUUAAAUCAAAAUAUAAUUAAUACGGAGGAAAUCGAUGAACAGACCAGACAAAUUUAUAAGGCUUUAAUUCAACGGGAGGAUAAUAAGGCAAAAUAUGAGGAACACGGUAAAAUUGUUGUGCAGACAAGCUCAGACUAUAGGUCUUUAAUGAAACAGAAGAAUAAAGAGGCUAAAUACUGGAAACUUGGUGCAAACGAUGAACAGCUUACACAAGCCUAUACGUCUUUAAUACCACGGGAAAAUAAAGAGGCGCAAUACUCAAAACUUGAAGAAAACGAUAAGCAGAUUAUACAAGCUCAUACGUCUUUAAUACCACAGGAAAAUAAGGGAGAAGCAUAUACAGAACUUAGUGAAAUUGUUGUUCUGACCAGUGCAGUUUCUGCAUCUUCAAUUGGACCGGAAAAUACAGAAGAAGCAUCUACGGAACUUGGUAAAAUUGUUGAACUGACCAGUGCAGUUUAUACGUCAUCAAUAAAACAGGAUAAUACAGAAGAAGCAUCUUCGAAACUUGGUGAAAUUGUUGAAGUGACUAGUGCAGUUUAUACUUCAUCAAUGGCUCAGGAGAAUAUAGAAGAAUAUUAUACGGAAAUUGGUGAAAUUGUUGAACUGACCAGUCAAGUUUAUACGUCAUCAACGGAACAGGAGAAUAGAGAAGAAACAUAUACGGAUGCUUCAUCUAUGGAACUAGGUGAAAUUUUUGAAAUGACCAAUCCAGUCUAUACGCCAUCAAUAGAACAGGAGAAUAUAGAGGAAACAUAUACGGAACUUGGUGAAACUGUUGGACAGACUGAUCCAGGUCUUUGUUUCAUUGUCAUGGUCAAACCAGGGAAGGCUGCAUGGAAGUUUGGAUUAACUAGUCAUUACCGACUGCAUGUUAAACCUGAUGGCUUCACAUUUGAAGACAUAAAGAAAAGGACGUUAAAAUGUCAUUGGCCAUAUGAUAUCGUGCAACAAUAUGGAAAGUCAAAAGAAGGGCGAGAAUUUGUAAUUACUGUAGGUAGGAAGCAUAUUUUAGGUCCGGGUAAUAUCACAUUUCGGUGUGAUUCGAGAGAUAAUUUAGAAAGACUUUUUCGCUUAGUACCCAUCUUUAUACAACAGUCAGCAGGCAAACCUUGACACCAGAGGAUAUAGACUUGAAUGUAUUUAAUACAACCUAAAACCGAUAAAGCCAUUAUAUCUGUUUAGAAGAAGACAAGACAUUUUUUUUCCUUAUGAAACCAAAACAUACAAUAACUUUGAUUUUUAUGUUACAACAUACAAGCUGAAAGAAAACAGAUUUUGUAUAUAUCUUUAGUAACAGUUGAGCAGAUGAAUUAAGUUCUACAGUGAAGGCGAAUCAUUCAAGUAACAUAAAAAAGAUCAACGAAUUACAAUUUUAUAUAGGUUUGUAUGCAGAAUUUGACAAAAACUACGAAAGUUAAUAUCCACGAAGAUGUGAGAUUUCCUUAACCCUCGAAAGUUGGUAUCCAUGAAAAUAAAUGAAUUCACAAUAUAAUAUU